AUGGAUGUCCACGUCUCACAACGUGCUCCCAAAAACCAUACGUACCGUCGACGGCGCUUUUCUACCAUGCAAGGAAUCACCGUGCCCUACCGUAACUCCUUCGGCAACGGGCAUAUUCCUUCACACACUCAGGUCACUACUGAUGACGCUGUCACCUACAUCUGCCGCUACCAGCAGCGCACCAUUGCACGCCAUCCUCCGAUCACGUCUUCCCCCUGCCCUUCCCCCACCGUAUCAUAG